AUGAAUCCGUCGCGCCCCGGAGGGUAUGGCGCGCGGUCAGGCCGGUACGGAGGGGCAGCAGGAACCCCCGCGGGCGCGGGCAAGGGGCCCGGCGGACCGUCGUCGCGCAGCAAUGCGGCGCUGCAGGCGCAGCAGCGGCUCCGCGCGCUCAUGUCUAACACGUCGGAUGAAUCCCAAGACGACUACGGCAGCCAGGUGCGCGCGCUGUCUGCGUGUGCGCGCGGGUCGGGCGGGGGAAUGCGCCAACCCCCCACAGGGGGCGCGAUGGGGCGCACGAGGCCAGCAGGGGGAUAUGACGCGCCCGACCCCAUGGGGGACCCGUACCGAGGGGGGGGAGCCAUGAGCGGCUACGACAUGGGACGACGCCCGGAUACAGUAGCGUCCCGGCAGGAGAUGGAGAGCAUCAAGCGCGAAUCAGCCAAGCUCAAGGACGAUCUGGAUGUUCUGACAGAGGAGAACGAGUUUCUGGUGGAUAAGUUGCGCAUGGCAGAGGAGGACCUCAAGGAGAAGCAGGCGCGCGUGCAGGAGCUCGAGAAGCAGGUCGCCAAGAUGGGCGAAGGACUCAGCCUGGAGGCCCGCCUUCUCAACAAGAAAGAAGCGGUUCUCAAGCAGCGUGAGGCGAGUCUGAAGGAGAUGAAGGACAAGAGCAAGGACGUGAAGGAGGUGGAGAUCACCACGCUUAGGAUGGAGCUCGAGUCUCAGAGGGAGGAGGCGGCAGCAGCGUUGGAGGAGGCGAGGCAGGCAAGCGAGGAGGUGAGGGCGCUGAGGAGCCUCACAGCGCGCAUUCUGCUCACCCCCGAGGAGAAGGAGGAGGUGGUGCUCAAGCGCUGCUGGCUCGCUCGGUACUGGGCCCUCGCCUCCCGUCAUGGUGUGCAUGCUGAGAUCGCCAGCUCGCGCAGCGACCACUGGCAGAAGUACUCGCCUCUGCCCUUCGAGGUGGUCAUUGACGCGGGCAGGAAGGCCCGGGAGGAGCCCGACGGCGGGGAGAAAGAGGACAAGCCAGCGACGGUGGGCACGGAGAGCAACAUAGAGAGCAUGUUUCAGGUGGAGAAGGCACUCAGAGACCUGGCGGCUCUCAAGGUGGAGGAGGGGGUGCUGCUCGCCAUGGCCCAGCACCGCCGCCCCGCGCUGCUCAAAGUGCACUCCGCUCCUUCAGCUGCUGAAGAGGGUCCAAGGAUGGUCGAGUCUAUGGACCUGAGCGACGAGGAGGUGGAGGACGUGAGGUUCAAGCAGAACUGGCUGGUGUACUGGUGGCGGCGGGCGCGGGAUCACAAGGUGGAGCCGGACAUUGCAGCAGAGCGGCUGGCGUACUGGAUCUCCAGGAGCACUGUGAAGCCUACUGCACACGAUGCUGUGGAUGGUAUCAUGGGAGGGAGGUGGAAGAGGGACCACAAGGUGGAGCCGGACAUUGCAGCGGAGCGGCUGGCGUACUGGAUCUCCCGGAGCACUGUCAAGCCUACUGCACAUGAUGCUGUGGAUGGUGAGUCAACGGGAGUCAAGGUAGAGAUGAGAGGCUGGCGUACUGGAUCUCCAGGAGCACUGUCAAGCCCACUGCGCAUGAUGCUGUGGAUGGUGAGAUGGAGGGCUUUAAGGAGCGCACACACGCACAACAAGGAUUGUGCACACAUGCAGCAACUUCUGACACCCACUGAACGCCUUCCCUUUUCCCCUUUCCUCCGCCACCCACCCCUUCUUUCUCCCCCGCCUGCCCCCCUCCCUUCCCCCCACAUUCCCCUCCCCUUCUUCCUCUGCGCUCCUCCGCCCCCCCCCUGUUCGUCCCUCUUUUCCUACCAAUGCUGA